AUGGGGUGUACAGCUAAUAUGAAUAUGCUGAGCACUGUAGCUGCAGCUCUGUUCAUGGAGAUGUUUCUGUUUGUUUUCUUCAUUUUAGAAAAACCCAAGAAAGGAAGGAAAGGCAAAAGAGUCUCUGCUUUCUUUAAGAGAGUAUGGAAGGCUGCAAAGCGCCAUUUCCUGUGCUGUGACACAGAUAUAGUCCAGCAUCUUACACCACAACCUGAGCCAGAGCCCGAGCCAGAGUCAGAGCCGGAGCCCGAACUGGAAGAUGAAGCGGACCCUGAGGCAGUGCCAGUUGAAGUUACGCCUAGAAGCGCAGAACCAGCUGACCCUGAGUCAGUGUGUCUGCCAGGCCAGCUUCCUGAGGAGCCUAAAGAGGCUUCUGGGGUCACUCUUGGAUUUGAUCUGUCUCAUUUUGAAGUAGGAGACUUGAUUGGAGAAGGAACUUUUGCCAAGGUGUAUGUGGCAUCUCACAAACGUGACAAAAGUGAAAAGGUUGCCCUGAAGUGGAUCAAGAAGCGCAAACAGGACCGUUAUCUCAACAUUGAUGGUCAUUCCACACCUGUGCUUGCAGAAGUGGCAAUGAUGCUUAGGCUGAUGAAUGCUCCGCAAUGUCCAAACAUCAUCGGAUUACAUGACUGGGUUGAGAAUAAGAACAAUGUCAUUCUCAGUCUGGAGUAUGCAGAGUCAUGCCAGACCUUGUAUGAGUACAUCAGAGAAACAAAGGACAUUGGUGAAAACCAAGCACUCCAGUUAAUGCAACAGUUCAUCCGAGCUGUAAUGUUUUGCGCUGAGCGUGGAGUUUUCCAUGGUGAUAUACACACGGCGAACAUCCUGGUGACUAAACCCCAAUUAGAGCUCAAAUUGAUUGACUUUGGUUGUGCUCAGCAAAUUACCCACAAGCCUUUCAGUAGCAGUAAAUAUCAAGGAGCCAGAUAUUACACGCCACCUGAGGUUUUACAGUGUCGCGCAUUCCAUGCUAACCCGGCAUAUGUCUGGACAAUAGGCAUCGUUAUGUAUGAAAUAUUGCAUAGACGAAUGGCCUUUUAUACCAGACAAUCAAUAAUAUCUGGCUGCAUUCAGAUACACCCCAGGUUAUCUUCAGAAUGCCGGAACCUGAUUUCCAAGUGUUUGAUCCGUAACCCAGUUAAACGGCUACAGUUACAUCAGGUUGAAAAGCACUGGUGGUUCAAUCCAACGAGCCCAAAUCCUGUGCAGCAGCCAGACAAGAGGAGAAAAAAACUAAAGAAGUGAGGAGGAGGAAAGCACCAUUUCCAGAAAUUUCACAAGACUGUUAAAGUUAUUAAUUACUCCCUCAUGUCAUUCCAAACCCAGAAGACCUUACUUUUCUUCAGUGUCAGUUCAUGAUGUGUGUUGAUGAGAGCUCUGUCCUGCACUGUAUGUGUGUCCACUGCUGACGUUUACCUUAGGUGUGCCCACGCUUUGUUUAAAUCAGAGGAAGUCGCGCAGGCCUCUGGGUUAAACGUCAGCAGUGCAACACACAUACAGUGCACUGGGCUCUGAUGAAUGUGCGGUUUGAGGGUCAGAGAGCUCUCAGAUUUCAUCUAAAAUGUUUUAAUUUGUGUUCUCAAUAUGAACUAAACAUGAAUAUGAACUAAGGACAUGAGGUGACUAAUUAAUGACAAUAAUGGUAAUUAAUGGUGCCUAGACUGCAGCUCUGCACAAGAAGUUUGGCCAGAGGAGAAAUGGUCGUGCCCAACUGAGCCUGGUUUCUCUUGAGGUUUUUUCCUUCACUUUAGUCAGUUGGUGAAAUUUUGUUCCUCGCCACUGUCGCCGCUGGCUUGCUUGGUUGGGACUUGCGGAGCUGCGCAUCGAUGGAUUUGCUUUUCAGUGUUUGGACUUUCAGCAGAGACAAUCAAACCACACUGAACUGAACUGAACUUCAACUCUGAAACUGGACUGACACAGUUUCAAUGUUCUUCUAUGUUAAACUGCUUUGACACAAUCCACAUUGUAAAAGCGCUGAAAUGAAGAUGAAUUGAACUGAAUUAAUGACAAAACUCCAUUAGGAAGUCCAGUGCUGUCACAGUUUUCUCCUCUAAAGUGUCAUCAAAGAUCUGCUCAACUAUUGUCUACCUCAUAAAUGAAUCUGGUGUUCUGUCAUAAGAGAGACUGAUUGUUUUAUA